GAGAAAAUACUCUCUUUUUUAAAGCUGUGGAUUUUCUUCCCUAUUUUAAUUUGUGCUAAACUGAAUGCUAACUCUUUAGUUGAGGUGCACCUGAAAGUGGGCAUACCUGCAAGAAGGAGAAAGCGGGGCUCAAGAAAGGUUUGGGUUUCUGCCUACCUGAUUCAUACUCCAAGCAAACAAACGUGAUGGGAGGCGAAAAGAAAAUGGACUGCACGGAGGCCGCCUGGUGAUUUUCCUGGUGGUGGUCAGAAGGAAGAACAUUAUGUUCCUCAGACACUUAUGGUGCGUUGGUCAUGAGGAGGCACUAGUCAGUCCUACAUAAAGGCAGAGACUCUCCAAUGCAUUUCACAACGCUCUCUUAAAGGAGAAAAGAAGCAAGAGCCGCCAAUAGCUCUUCCGUAGAAGGAGGAAACCAUUUUCCCAGGGCUGGAGGAAGACCCUGAGGAUUCCCAUUGGGCCAUCAAGGAGAUACAUCAGGAACAGAAGGAUGACAGUAGUCAAGGAGCUGCUCCGCGCCAGAAACCUGUUGCUGGUUAUCCUGAUUCCACUCUUGUUGCUUCCUUUGCCUCUCUUAUACCCCAGCAGUGAAGCGUCGUGUGGCUAUGUGCUGAUCGUGACGGCAGUGUACUGGGUUUCGGAGGCAGUGCCACUUGGGGCAGCAGCCCUUGUUCCUGCUUUCCUCUAUCCACUGUUUGGAGUCAUGAAAUCCAGCGAGGUGGCUGCUGAAUACAUCAAGAACACCACCUUGCUCCUCAUGGGCGUAAUUUGUGUGGCAGCCUCUGUUGAGAAAUGGAAUCUGCACAAACGGAUCGCCUUGCGCAUGGUGAUGAUGGCCGGAGCGAAACCAGGCAUGCUGCUCCUUUGCUUCAUGUGCUGCACAACUGUCUUGUCCAUGUGGCUUUCCAACACGUCCACCACAGCCAUGGUGAUGCCCAUUGUAGAAGCAGUGCUGCAGGAGUUAGUGAAUGCCGAGGAAGACCGCGAGAUGAAUGGUACCGCUGGCAACACCAUCCUGGAAGAACGGGAGACUAUAGGUCUCGGCGAAAAGCGCGGGCAAACGUCCCUGGAGCUCUUUUUCAUCAACGAGGAUGCUACAACUGCUGACUUCAGCUCUCUGAUGCAUUCCAAGAACAUGAACGGCGUACACAUGAUUGCCAACACAAUUGGAACGGUGAGCUCCAAAACCAAUGGGCAGCAUCUGCCUCAGGCUCAGAUCCUUGUUCUGCCACCUCAGCCUCAAAGUUUAGACCUAAGCAGUAAGCCUCGGUACCCAACCAAGCACGAUCAGAUGGUCUGCAAGUGCCUCUCGUUGAGCAUCUCCUACGCGGCAACCAUUGGGGGACUCACAACCAUCAUAGGCACCUCCACAAACCUCAUCUUCCUGGAGUAUUUCAACAACCAUUAUCCCAAUGCUGAAGUGGUGAAUUUUGGAACCUGGUUCUUACUCAGCUUACCCAUCUCCCUCAUCAUGCUGGUGCUGACCUGGUUUUGGAUGCAUUGGCUUUUCCUUGGAUGCAAUUUUAAAGAGACAUGUUCACUGAGCAAGAAGAAGAAGACCAGACGGGAAGAGAUGUCUGAGAAGAGAAUCCAAGAAGAAUAUGAGAAACUGGGAAAUAUUAGCUAUCCAGAGUGGGUGACAGCGUUCUUUUUCAUCUUGAUGACUUUACUCUGGUUUACAAGGGAGCCUGGAUUUGUCCCAGGCUGGUCGACCUUGUUUGGAAAGAAAGGCUAUCGGACCGAUGCCACAGUCUCUGUUUUCCUUGGGUUCCUCCUCUUCUUGAUUCCAGCAAAGAAGCCAUGCUUUGGAAAGAAGGGGAAAGGAGAUGUUCCGAAUUCCACCAAUGUUAAAACAGGGGAACCAAUAAUCACCUGGAAGGACUUUGAGAAAACCAUGCCCUGGGAGAUUGUGGUCUUGGUUGGAGGAGGUUAUGCUUUGGCAGCUGGAUGCAAGACUUCUGGCCUUUCCACAUGGAUUGGGCGACAAAUGUUGUCCCUGAGCAGCCUUCCCUCUUGGGCUGUCAGUCUAUUGGCCUGCGUCCUGGUCUCCAUAGUAACAGAGUUUGUUAGUAACCCAGCAACUAUAACCAUCUUCCUACCUAUUUUAUGCAGCAUGUCGGAAACCCUACAAAUCAACCCUCUGUACACCCUGAUCCCUGUCACCAUGUGCAUCUCUUUUGCGGUGAUGCUGCCAGUGGGCAACCCCCCAAAUGCCAUUGUCUUCAAUUAUGGACACUGCCAGAUCAAAGAUAUGAUCAAAGCUGGCUUUGGUGUCAAUCUGAUUGGUCUGGUGGUUGUUACAGUGGCAAUAAAUACUUGGGGAAUUAGACUCUUUCACUUGGAUAAGUUUCCAGACUGGGCAACAACCAGCAACGUCACUGGCCCAUCAUAGUCGGCAUCCACAGAACUUGCUGGCUCACAGCAAGCUGGGAGAAAAAUAUUUGCACAGCUGUUAAGAAAGGAAAACACUUGAGUGUAUAUUUGUUCCAUGAACCAGAACUAAGUAAGUAAGAAGCAACUCUGUUGGAGGUUUCCCCAAUGAUCAUCAUAUCUCCGCCAUCUAGUACUGAAGGGGUUGGGGGAAAGCAUGCAUUAUUCUUGUCUUUCAGCACUACCAUGGAAUUGCUUUGAUCCCCCACCCCCAGUCUUUUCCACAGAAAAUCCAUUUUUGUUCUACAGAACACUCAGCCAAUUUGUCUUUACUUGAUGGGGUAUACAUACGGUAAAUCACAGUGCCUACAGUCCUAACAUCCAAAGUGUGUUUUGAAGACUGUAUCUAUAUGUAUAUAUCUAUAGAACAUUUUUUUUAAAAGAAAAAGUAAAAGGUUGCAUGUGGAGUUAUUUAUUUGAUAACAAGGAAGAUCCAAUUUGAUCAGCCAAUUGCUCAAGGCCAGAGGGUUAUCUGCACAGAUGCCCUUUGGUCCAAGGAGAAGACCAGGUCCAUGGUAGACCAGGGUUCAAAUCCCACCUCAGCCGUGAAGCUGAGUAAUCUUGGGCCGGUCAUUGUCUCCCAGUCUAACUUAACUUACAGGGUUCUUGAAAUGAUAAAACAAAGAGGGGAAAGAACCAUGUAGGCCACCUGGAGCUCCUUUGAGGAAAGGCAGAGCAUAAAUGUAAUAACAAAUUAAACAAAAACAGCCAGAGGGCAUCAGGCUGCAUUAUGCACUCUUGCAAUGGAAUGUUAUCAAACUGCUAGAAUGAAGAAGGAACCCCGUGAAAGAGAAAGGUGGGGAGGCUGAUAUCCAGCCUCUGGCUAAUUGUUUUCCUCAUUCUCCAACUUCAGUGCUCAUCUUCCAGAGAUAAUAGUGAAACUUGAAAGCCUCAUCAACCCCUCAUUCACUUGCCAGAGCAAAGAGAAUCCCCCAGAUGCCUGGCACUUUUGCAGAUGAUGCAUCAUUCCUGUUCUAAAUAUAUAGACAUUCCUAGAUCUCUGUUCUCCUUCUACUACACUACACUGCACUACGGGGGCAGCCUUGAGGUGGCAAACCAGACUCCCACUUUACACCUGAAUCUCUCCCAAACUAAAUACCAGGCCUCUACAAUAGGCAUAUUAAUUUAAUAACUGAUGUAACCUGAAACUCUUGGAUCUGUACAGAAAUAAAUAGAGCCUUUGUUAAUCACAGUAACCGUACUAGGAUCAGGUUUUUUUGUGGGGAGGGUUCCCCAUUAAACGGGAGGGCUCCUCUGAUGCUAGUAAAAAUGUCUAUGCUGUAGAAAUUGCUUGUGAAUAAAAUAAAUUAUUCAAGCUUU